AUGAAGGAUUUAAGCGACCACAUUAACACACUGGAAGAGAGGUUGCAGCAUUUAAAUACCGAUCAUGAGGCGCGGAUCACCGGACUGGCCCAACAGGUAGCCGCAGCCAGGGAAGAAGGGAAAUCGCAACACGAGGAGAUGCUGAGGAUGUUUGCCGCACUGCAAUCGCAGCUUCAUUCAGUACAAAUUCCCAGAGUGAGCCCACCUGAAGGAAGAAGCCAAGAGCAUGCUCGACCUGGAAGUAGUAACACUCCAAUACAUGUCAGGGAUAAUAAAGGAAAAGGAAUUCUGCCUACACCACUACCCAUGCACGAUCUCGAGGAAGAGGAGCUAGUGCAACAUUGGCCCGCAAGACACGCGGUACCCCAACAACAGUUCAUUCCCUAUCCUAAAUUGGAUUUUCCGCAGUUCAGUGGCGAAGAUCCACAAGGGUGGCUAGAGAGUUGCCGACAAUAUUUCGACCUGUACCAGAUUCCGCGGCAGCAAUGGUUAGGAGUGGCGACCAUGCACAUCUUCGGGAAGGCAAGAGUGUGGAAGCAAGGAUACUUCAUUAAUAGACCAGGGGUGACUUGGGAGGAGUUUACCGAUGCAGUCUGUAAGCGAUUUGCGGACGUGGGGGAGCGUUACGCCAUCCGCGAAUUUAGCAACCACAAACAAACAGGAUCCAUCGAAAGUUACCAAGAAAAAUUUGAGGAGCUGAGAUCACAAUUGUUGCACUACAAUCCGCGUCUGGAGGAAGAGUUCUUUAUCGCAAGCUACAUCAAUGGGUUAAAAGAAGAACUGGUGCCCUUCAUGGACAUAUCACACCCAGCCACUUUGGAGGACGCGUACAGCCAUGCCAAACUACAUGAUCGGGCGCUGACUACCAUGCAAAGGAAGAGCAGGAUCAUCAGUAAAGGAGCGGGGGGUGGUCACCAAUCCUUCAAUGCCUAUAAACCAAAGGAGUAUGGUAGGGCCCAAGCCCAGGGUUCCACUGGAGGCACUAGUCAACAAGCACAAGAGCACAGGCGGCUAAUAGAGCAACGAAGAGCGGCGGGGCAGUGUUUCAAGUGCGGCGACAAAUACCAUCCGGGCCAUCAGUGCAAAAACAAGACCCUUUUCAGCUUAGCCGCCGAGGAUAAUGUGUUAGAAGUGUAUGAUGAAGAUUGUUUACGGGAAGAGGAAGAUGUGGCCGGAGAAGAGGAAGGGAAUAAUCCAGACUCGGAGGAGAAAGAAGAGGUGGGUUUGUCUUUUAACGCGCUGAGUGGGGAAAACUCACCUCAAACGCUUCAAAUUCAGGGCGAAGUGGGGAGCAAGAAGCUAAAGAUACUGGUGGACACAGGGAGUACUCAUAGCUUCCUGGAUUUUCGGGUGGCAAAAGAAGUUAAGGCAAGGAUAGAGUCAGCGGCGCCCCUGACAGUCACUGUGGCCAAUGGGCACAAAAUCAUGAGCAAACUAAGGAGCCCCGGGUUUACAUGGAACAUGAAUGACAGAUCUUACAAGGCUGACUUGCGGAUAAUCCGGCUAGAAGGCUCUAGUGUGAUAUUGGGCAUAGAUUGGUUAAAAACGUAUGGUAAGGUUACUUUUGACUAUAACAAUCACACGGUGUCGCUCGACAAAGACGGACAGCAACUGGUCCUUAAAGGGUUGGCAGUGGGGACAGGCCUAAAGAUGCUUACUGCCAAGGAGUGGAAGAGAGACUGCCAGGAAGGAAUUUGUUGCGCUAUAGCCAAAAUCGCGCAGAUCGGGGAGUGCGAAGAGCAAGUAAUACCUGAGAGCAUUAAAGAGAUACUACAACAGUUUGAAGAUGUGUUCGAGGAGCCGAAGGGAUUACCCCCGACGAGAAGGCAGGACCACCGGAUUCCCUUACAAGGGGCGUCCCAACCAGUGAACAUAAGACCCUAUCGUUAUACCUAUGAGCAAAAGAACGAAAUCGAGCGACAGGUCAAGGAGAUGUUGGAGUCAGGCAUCAUCCAGCCUAGCACCAGCCCAUUCGCCUCACCCGUGCUGCUCGUCAAAAAGAAGGAUAACACAUGGCGGUUUUGCGUCGACUACAGACAGCUGAACAAAUUGACGGUGAAAGAUAAAUAUCCUAUCCCGCUGAUUGAUGAUUUGCUGGACGAAUUGGGCGGCUCAGCUUACUUCUCUAAGAUUGACUUGAGGGCCGGCUACCACCAGAUCAGGAUGGAUCCAGAGGACGUCUCUAAAACGGCAUUUCGGACUCACGCAGGACAUUACGAAUUUUUGGUUAUGCCCUUCGGGCUAACCAACGCGCCGGCCACCUUUCAAUCCAUCAUGAAUGAGGUAUUUGCGGAUUACCUUAGAAGGUAUGUAUUAGUUUUCUUCGACGACAUUCUCGUUUACAGCCGAAACAUCGAAGACCAUAAGGCGCACUUGAGCGUGGUGCUCAGAACAUUGCGCGGGCAACAACUGUACGCGAAGAGGUCCAAAUGCUACUUCGGGCAACAGAGGGUGGAAUAUCUGGGCUAUAUCGUCACCCCGGAGGGAGUGGCAACCGAUCCCAAGAAGGUAGAGGCGAUGGUUACGUGGCCGACACCAACUUCCCUCAAGGGGUUGCGCGGGUUUCUGGGCAUAACAGGGUACUACAGAAGAUUUAUCAAGAACUAUAGGAGGCUAAGUAAACCCCUUACAGAACUGUUUAGGAAGGACCAAUUCAAGUGGAGUUCCGAAACACAAACAGCAUUCGAGAACUUGAAGGAGAUCAUGACUCAAGCGCCAGUAUUAGCAAUGCCCGAUUAUACCAGACCCUUUGUUGUCGAAGUGGACGCGUGUGGACAAAGAAUAGGAGCGGUGUUGUCCCAAGAAGGGCGACCUAUUGCAUACAUUAGUAAGGCCAUAACCCAGCGGAACAUAGGUUUGUCAACCUAUGAGAAGGAAUUUUUGGCGAUACUCUUGACAGUUAACAAGUGGAAACACUAUCUCAGCCCUCGACAAUUCGUCAUCAAGACGGAUCAUCAAAGCCUCAAGCACUUAUUGGAACAGAAGAUUACCACGGCAGUCCAACAAAAGGGUAUGGUCAAACUAACGAAGCUCGAUUACAUAAUACAUUACAAGGCCGGCAAGAAAAAUAGAUCUGCAGACUCAUUAUCCAGAAGAGGAUUCGAGGAAGGAACUAGCGCAGCCAUCACCACAGUGAUACCUAGUUGGGUCGCCGAACUGGCGGCGAGCUACAGAGGAGACGAGAAGUGCCAACAGCUCAUUUCCAAGCUGCUACUUCAACCUGAUCCACAAUCUAAGUAUACAUACUCCCAAGAAAUGCUGAGAUACAAGGGAAGGAUAUAUGUGGGGGACCAAGGUGGAGUUCAAGGGAAGAUAAUACAUGAAUUACACUCCUCAGCCCUGGGGGCUCAUUCGGGUGCCCGGCACACCUACAAAAGAGCUAAACAGUACUUCUACUUACCAGGCCUUAAGCAGAAUGUGGAAGAAUACACUAAAGGCUGCGCCGUUUGCAUUCAAAAUAAG